GUUAUAUGAGAUAGCAGCUAACUAACUGGAAGCGGACAGCGGUGUUGGGGCAUUAAACGGACUUGUUUUGGAUGCUACUGCAGAUAUUCAGUUUUCUUACCCUGAAAUCUACGUUUCGUUAUUUGCAUCUACUUGGCCCAUAUCCGACUAGACAUCCUAGAUUGGUGUAGUAAUCGCAUUUGCAGAAGAGAAGAAAGUGUCGUGCUCCGUGUGUAUAAUAAUAAGUGCAAUCAUUGUUACGAGUACCAAAACCAUACCAGUCACUGCGAAUUCAUCGUAUAAUCUAGAAACAUUACAUAUCGUAUCGCGCAUAUUGCUCGGUUGGAAAAAUGCUGAGUUGUCUUUUUGGAGAGUCAUGAAAGUUUUGAAUAUUGAAAGUGCGAAAUAACAAAGUGCAUGUCUAUGUGCUACAACAACUCAUAACUCAUAUGCAGCCUGUUGAAAUCAUAGACAGUUGGAUCGAGACCCGUUUUCCUAGCAAUAAGGCUGCGCUUGAUUCGAGGUUACGAUUCUCGCGAGAGCCCAGUUUUUCCUUCACUGAAAUCAUUGUUUUGCUCCUACUGAUGCUGCAGUCGAAACAAUCGUGCAUUUGCUUGUGUGAAAACUUCACGUAUUGGACUUGCUACUUAUACUGCUACUUCUACCCUUAUAACAACGGCAUCACAAACGAGAGAAAAAGGUAGAAACAGAGCGGGGCAAAGAAGAAUCUGGAUCACAAGCGAUUUUCCAUUUUCUGUUGAACGUUUUUAGCGUAAACGUGGUUAAUUUGAUUUUAAUACUUCAAGUAAUUUAAAAUCAUGGGCGAUUUCGAUCUUGGUGAUCUCACAGGAGAACAAAUUGAAAAAGUACUACAAUUCCAAGAUCUAACUGGCAAUGAAGAUCUUGCAGUAUGUAGAGAUGUUUUAUUGCGUCACAAUUGGAAUCUUGAAGUAGCAGUACAGGAACAAUUAAAUUUAUUUGAAGGUAGACCAUCUAUGUAUGCGCAAGAUUCCCGGCUACGACCACCCACAGUUGUUGAUGAAGCAAAUGCUAGAAUAUACUUUAGUCCAGAAGGAAGUCCUAAUAGUGGUGGAUUUUUUUCAUAUCUUAUGUCAUUAUGUUAUAAUGUUGUGACUAGUAUAUUCCAAUUAAUAUUUACAUUAUUCAGGAGAAAUGUAAGACCAGUUUCAUUAGACCCUGUACAAGAUGUUGUAAACUUUAUCAGGUCAUAUGAAGAACAAUUUGGUACAAAUCAUCCUGUGUUUUAUCAGGGCUCAUACAGUCAAGCUUUGUCUGAUGCUAAACAAGAGUUACGUUUCCUUUUAGUAUAUCUACACAAAGACGAAUCACAAGAAGUUGAUCAAUGGUGCAGAAACACUCUUGGAGAUCCUGAAGUUAUUAGAUUUAUAAACACUAAUACCCUGUUUUGGGCAUGUAAUAUAAAGUCUGGAGAGGGCUAUAAAGUAGCAGAAGCUCUUAGAGUUGGCACCUACCCUUUUUUGGCUACAAUAGUAUUAAAGGAACAUAAAAUGACAAUUGUUGGAAAAAUGGUUGGAUUGGUUCAGUCAUCCACAAUGAUACGAAGAAUGCAAGAAUUAACUGAGGAAUAUGAGUCAAGUUUGAGCACAGAGCGUCAUGAACGAGCUCAAAGACAAGUUAAUGCUACACUCAGACAGGAGCAAGACGAUGCUUACCAAUUGUCAUUAAAGGCUGAUCAAGAAAAAGAGCGCAUACGUUUACAGCAAGAAAAUGAAUCUAAAAGGCAGGCUGAACGAGAGCGUACUGAGAAAAUGGAACAAGAAGCUAUGUUGGAACGUAUAAGACUUCAUAAGGAAGAGUGCCUACAGAAUCUAUUAGAAGAACCUCCUAAGAAUGAUCCCUCUUGUUGUCACAUUCAGACUUGUGUUGCUGGACAAAAAAUAACAAGACGGUUUCCUUCUACUUGUAAAGUACAGAAUAUCUAUGAAUGGAUAUAUGGUCAACCAGAGUCUCCCAAUACAUUUCGCAUCAUGAGUUUCAAUUUCAAAGAAAUAUAUCCCAACUUCAAAGAUCUCACACUACUUGAUGCAGGUUUAACAGGACGAGUAUUUGUACACGUUCAAAACGAUGAAGAAGAGGAUGAAGAAGAAGAAGAAAACUGAUUUAAUUAAUUAUUGAAUGUAUGAAUUAUUAUUGUGAAGAAGAUAACAAGAAAAGAUUAGUUUGUAUGGUUAAAAUGCUAAACAUGCAUUUCUCGAUUGGUUACAAAAGAUGCACAAUGACUAUGCAUUUUGUUUUUUUUUUUUUUUUAUUAAAAAUUUUAAGAAGUGUUUUGCAAAGCUACCUGUUUUCUACAAUCAAUUUUGAAAAAUUUCUAAGUGAGUAACUUAAAUACAUAUAUGUAUGUAUAAGUGAGUGUAAAUUUAUAAGCAUGUUUAUACAUACAAAAAUAUGUAGGUUUGUGCAAGUGUGUUAAAUUUACAGGAUGAGCAUAAAUUUAAAGUUUUUUAAACUGUAAAAUAUUAAAUUAGAAUUUGAUAAUAAAUUGAACAUUUUUUGUUGAAAGAUUAUGAGUAAAUCCUGCAACACGCAUAAUUUAUGGGAAUAAUUGCAAAAAUCAUAAAAUUCAUACGUUUUGUUGUGUCAUUAAUUUUUAUUUUUACUAUACGAUUAAAUGCACACAAUAGCAUAUUAGAGAUUUUGCGUUAGGCGUAAACAAUAAGAAGACCAUAGCAACCGUGAUAAUAGAAUGCUAUGGUACUAGUCUUGCGUUUUUCAAUAAGUGUUAUUGAAAUGAAAAUAAUUAAAAAUUAAAGCGUUUAUGUCACGAAAAAAAUUUUAACUAUUAAAUUAUAUAUUGUCAACAAAAUAUGCAACAUUUGUAAAGUGUAUUUAUGAACUACAAUAGUAUCAUAAGUGGAAUAAAAACUUGUUCUUUGAUUAAA